AUGAAAGCCAACAAGAUCAGAUACACCCCAUAUAUCGCCGACGAAGCCGUCCGAAACAUCAACCGUGCCAGACAAAACUUCGGAUCUCUGGUCAAGGCCAAAUUUAUGGAUAAUGCGCCGUUCCCUAUCACCGCGCCUAUUGAUAACGAGACCGAGCUGAACAAUACCGUUCCCGAUGCGCAGACGUUCGAACAUAGACUUCAUCAAUUGGAGUUGUUGCGGUAUAUGGAGAGGUUUGACUCGGAGGCUUUGAAGGAAGUUGAGCGGACGAAGAAGGGGAGUAAAUCUCGAACUAGGUAG